GGCAGGCUUGCCAGGAGAGAGCCCGGAGGCGAUGGUGACUACGGAGAGCUCUGAGCCAGGAGGGAUGCUGAAGCCCCUGGCGGAGAAGCGUCGCCGCGACCGCAUCAACCGGAGCCUGGAGGAACUGCGCUUGCUGCUUCUGCAGAGGACCCACAGCCAGACUCUGAAGAACCCCAAGGUGGAGAAAGCGGAGAUCUUGGAGAUUGCUGUAGGAUACCUGCGGGAGAUGAACUCAGCUAAAACCCAGGGAGCUGACCCCUCGGAAGACGGGACCCUCCAGACCUGGUACAUGAUGGGCUUCCGGGAGUGUCUCCUGGGCCUGGCCGCCUUCAUCCAGCAAACCCACCCGUCCGUCCAAAGCCACCUGCUGGACACGUUGCACCUGUACCUGGCCUCCAAGCCGGAGCCCCAGAGCCAAGACUGGACCCUCGCCGUCUUCUCUCCCAGCCCUUCGCUGGAGGAAUCGCCUCCCCGGACCCCCGAGGGCUUCUGCUCACCCGUGAAGGGGCUGAGCGAAUCCUUGCGGAGCCCGGACUCCGCUUGCUCCAGCGCCGGGCUACUGGGGGGCCAACAGAGACACAGCCGAGACAACGCCGCCUCGACCAAGAGGAUCCUGCCCCCUCCGCCGGCUUUCUGGCGGCCUUGGCCCUAG